UCUUCCCUAGGCCGCCUGCUGCUCUUAGUGUUUUGUGUUUGUUAGUCGGUGCACGGUGGUGAGGGAGGCUGCUGUGUGAUUUGCCCCAGCCACAGCCUCUGCAAAAGCCCCUGGGAGAAGACAGCAGCAGAGGGAGCUUCCUCUGCUGUCCAAUAAAACUGCUGGCACUAACAAAGUACUUCUGAGUCAAUUCAAAUCUUCUGUCAAGCAACCGAAAGCUAGAAGGGGAAAUGCCACCUCUCUGAUAGAUGACCCACCCAAAGAAAACGGAGCGACUUGUCAUUGCUUUAUAGACUGCAAGAAGAGAGCAUCUCAGAAGUGGAGUCUCAUCUGAAAUCAAAGGAGUUAAAGAAAAAGUGGAAGUUUUCUUCAGCAAGUUGUGAAACUAAAUCCACAACCUUUGGAGACCAAGGACACCCUCCAAUCUCUGUGUGUUUUGUAAACAUCACUGGAGAAUCCUCUAGGCCGGCAAUUGGACUGUCACCACCCUGCCUGUUUUGUGCCUGGGAAGUGACCUGGUCUUACUUGGCUCCAAAUUGUUGGCUUUCACUUUUGACCCUAAGCAUCUGAAGCCAUGGGCCACACAUGGAGGCAGGGAAUAUCACCAUCCAAGUGUCCAUACCUCAAGUUCUUUCAGCUGUUGGUGCUGGCUGGUCUUUCUCAUUUCUGUUCAGGAGUCCAAGAUCUGGGAAAGGGGGUACCAGACUGGGCUGCAGCGGGCAGGCUUUACAGAGGCAGAUGGAUGAUGGAGAGAGAAUUCUGGUCAGGGCAACAGCCUGGACAAAGGCACAAAGGUAUUAUCCACGUGACCAAGGAAGUGAAAGAAGUGGCAACGCUGUCCUGUGGUCACAAUGUUUCUGUUGAAGAGCUGGCACAAACUCGCAUCUACUGGCAAAAGGAGAAGAAAAUGGUGCUGACUAUGAUGUCUGGGGACAUGAAUAUAUGGCCUGAGUACAAGAACCGGACCAUCUUUGAUAUCACUAAUAACCUCUCCAUUGUGAUUCUGGCUCUGCGCCCAUCUGACGAGGGCACAUACGAGUGUGUUGUUCUGAAGUAUGAAAAAGAUGCUUUCAAGCGGGAACACCUGGCUGAAGUGAUGUUAUCCGUCAAAGCUGACUUCCCUACACCUAGUAUAUCUGACUUUGAAAUUCCACCUUCUAACAUUAGAAGGAUAAUUUGCUCAACCUCUGGAGGUUUUCCAGAGCCUCACCUCUCCUGGUUGGAAAAUGGAGAAGAAUUAAAUGCCAUCAGCACAACAGUUUCCCAAGAUCCUGAAACUGAGCUCUAUACUGUUAGCAGCAAACUGGAUUUUAAUAUGACAACCAAUCACAGUUUCAUGUGUCUCAUCAAGUAUGGACAUUUAAGAGUGAAUCAGACCUUCAACUGGAAUACACCCAAGCAAGAGCAUUUUCCUGAUAACCUGCUCCCACCCUGGGCCAUUACCCUAAUCUCAGUAAAUGGAAUUUUUGUGAUAUGCUGCCUGACCUACUGUUUUGCCCCAAGAUGCAGAGAGAGAAGAAGGAAUGAGACAUUGAGAAGGGAAAGUGUACGCCCUAUAUAACCGUAUCGGCAGAAGCAAGUGGCUGAAAAGAUCUGAAGGUCCCACCUCCAUUUGCAAUUGACCUCUUCUGGGAACUUCUUCAGAUGGACAAGAUUACCCCACCUUGCCGUUUAUGUAUCUGUUCUUAGGUGCUUCUUCACUUCAGUUGCUUUGCAGGAAGUGUCUAGAGGAAUAUGGUGGGCACAGAAGUAGCUCUGGUGACCUUGAUCAACGGGUUUUGAAAUGCAGAAUUCUUGAGUUCUAGAAGGGACUUUAGAGAAUACCAGUGUUGGCCGGGCGCGGUGGCUCAAGCCUGUAAUCCCAGCACUUUGGGAGGCCGAGACGGGUGGAUCACGAGGUCAGGAGAUCGAGACUAUCCUGGUCUACACGGUGAAACCCCGUCUCUACUAA